AUGGAGUUUGUCGCAGAACCCACUUCUGACAGCGUUGCUGCGUAUUACUGGAUGAGAGCUGCAAAUCACGAGUCCGGGGAGCUUGCUCCGUUCGACUGGCAUCCUUCUGAGCUAUUGCAAUCGUCCCAGUCUUCCAUCAACCCGUUGCUCAUUCUGAGAGAAGAAAACGAUGUUGCUCCAAAAACAGAGCACACUCCGGAUCCUUCCAGUCACAACUAUCAAUUGCUUUCGUUUGACGACCACACAGUGCAAGCUGUUCCUCCGCAUCUUAUCGAGUCUCCGACCGUUUCCGCUACUAGUUCGAUCAAGUCGUCCUCGUCGGUGGUUUGGAUGGAGGAUCAUUUCUCCGAGCCCGGAUUGAUUCCGUUCGAGAAUACAGAGUACAUCACCCGUGUUGAUCACCUUGCCCCUCAGAUUCAUCGUCCUGGCCACAAACGAACGGUUUCGGAGCCGGUUUUCGGAACCAGACACGCCCGCCGAGCCCUUCCCAAGGUCACAAUGAAGGACAAAAGCGAGUCGUGUGUGUUUGAUGCUGCGUACUGGUCUGAUGUGAAUAGACGACUACCUGUGCCGUGCGAAGAAGAUGCACCGCCUUUAUUCCAACUCCAUUUUGUCCAGACCACACAGCAAUUGGAAAGAACGUCCCUGAUUUUAACCAAAUACCUCGAGGACGACUAUGAUCUGGUGGAACAACUCCGAAGCGAGCGUGAUUAUACCGAAAACACCAUAGAAAUGUCCACCAAGCGUCGUAAACUGGGCGAUAAUAUCAACUGGAAGCCGAUGUCUGCAGGAAGCGUUUUGGGGUUGAACGAGGUGUUCAAGCUGCACCAACGCGAGGUGAGUGCCAUGCUGCAAAACUGCACACAAUCAUGUUUCGGGGAGCUCAACAUGCGGGAGCUGCGUGCGUGGAGACGAGGCGACGGCGACCUUAAACGCAGACAAACACAGCCCGACUUGUACUAA